UAAAGGCUUCAUUCGCAAUGGCGUCUCUUUUGUACCCGCCCAUGUCCAGCGACCAAUCGGAAUUCGUGUCUCACUCUGAACAUCUCAUUUUCGUCAGCAGCAGCAUCGAAGUCAAAGGCCGCUUGGAAACGGUUCGCAAGGAGUUGGUCAGAGAGGAUUAAGCCGAAACUCGGGUACAUAUUUCUUUGCAAGCUAAAGCAGCAAGCUGUACAUUAAAGUUUUGCAACACAUUUGCUUCUGGUGCUUAUUUAAGUGCGACGGAGGGACAAAUACUCGUUGUAAUAACACGCCAAUUGGAGUCUUGGACGAUUUUUCAUCGCUUGGGGUUUUCAGGAUUUAGCUAGCCAGCUAGUCUCAAGGUGCUAGCUCGCUAGCUGUGCUUGGCGUGACUAUGGACUGAAAUGUGUGCUGUUCUUGUCGGAUGUCCCUGGACGACAGCUUACUGAGAAGGCCCCAAAUGGGAAAAACAAGCAUCGGAGAGGAAUGUGAAGUAUAAACUUGUAGAUGUAGUUCAUUUUCGAUCGAAGGAUUCCUUGGACUUCACCUCUGCAGUCGAGUGAUUUUAUCUGGAUUUUAACCUUUCCCCCCCUGAAGACGACCAUGGAAUCGACGGUCGAUGACGACGCGAUGGCAGCGUGAAUGAGGCUUGGCGUGGCGAUAGCUGAACGAUGCCCAAGGGUGGGGGUUCUAAAACCCCCCAGCUGGAAGACUUCCCACUCGGCACCGACAUGGUGGAGAAGCAGGGCGGGAAGAAGGAUAAAGAUAAAGUGUCAUCGAACAAGACUCCCAAAGUGGAGCGCAGCGAUGGGGUCAAGGAGAUGAAGGACAAGGCCACCAAGCGCAAGCUGCCCUUCACCGUCGGAGCCAAUGGGGACCAGAAAGACUCAGAUACAGAAAAGCAAGGUCCGGAGCGGAAGCGCAUCAAAAAGGAGCCCACCAACACCAGGAAGCCCAGUCUGCCCUUUGGGAUGGGCAAGCCAGGGAUGCGGGUCGGGUACCCCCUCUCCGAGCGGCAGCAGGUGGCCCUGCUCAUGCAGAUGACUGCCGAGGAGUCCGUCAACAGUCCAGACACCACACCAAAGCACCAGUCGCAGUCGAGUGGGGGCCAGAAGGGAACGCCAAACUCUGCCUCUAAAACCAAAGACAAAGUGAACAAGAGGAAUGAGCGGGGCGAGACGCGGCUGCACCGGGCGGCGAUACGAGGGGAGGCGCGCCGCAUCAAGGAGCUCAUCAAGGAGGGCGCUGACGUGAAUGUAAAAGACUUUGCAGGAUGGACUGCACUGCAUGAAGCGUGCAACAGGGGCUACUAUGAAGUGGCCAAGCAGCUGCUGGCAGCCGGCGCAGAAGUCAACACAAAGGGUGGCGACGACGACACCCCUCUGCAUGAUGCAUCCAACAACGGGCACUUCAAAGUGGUAAAGUUGCUGUUGCGAUACGGAGGUGACCCUUGUCAAAGCAACAGGAAAGGAGAGACGCCACUGAAGGUGGCCAACUCCCCAACCAUGCUCAAUCUGUUGCUGGGAAAAGGCACUUACACCUCCAGUGAGAGCUCCUCAGAAUCCUCGGAGGAAGAAGACGCCCCCUCGUUCGCCCCAUCCAGCUCAGUCGAUGGCAAUAACACGGACUCAGAAUUCGAGAAAGGCCUGAAGCUGAAAGGGAAGAACGUCGAUCCUCCCAAGUUCGCGCCCACACCCAUCAAGGACGAAUACGAGUUUGACGAGGACGACGAGGAGGAACGCGUGCCGCCUGUCGACGACAAGCACCUGCUCAAGAAGGACUUCCGCAAGGACCCAGUCACUCCUAAGGCCAACAGCUUCAUCUCCAUACCCAAGAUGGAGGUCAAAACCUAUUCCAAAACGAACUCGCUAACACCAAAGAAGCCUGCGCGUCGCAUCAUGUCGGACAGCAACAGCUCAGACGAGGACGACCGCACUUUGUGUUUCACCCCCACGCCCACUCAGCGGCAGACCACACCGGCCACCAACGCCAAAGGCCGGGACUCUGCUGCUCUCAGCUCCAAGCAGCAGCAGAAGGAAAAGAGCAAAGUCAAAAAGAAGAGAAAGAAGGAGACCAAGAGUAACGCCAGCAAGGAGGUGCGGUUUGGCAAGGUGAACGACAAGUUCUGUACCUCAGAUUCAGAGAUUGGAGAGUUGGAGAGCGAGGACGACAAGGGCUCUCUGCAGAGCUCGAACUGUGUAAAGGACUCAAAUGCCCUGAGCCUUAAAGAGUCGUCCGUUUUCAGCUCCUCCUCUUCCUCCUCACACGGGAGCUUAAGUUCACAGAAGUUGACACAGUCGCUAGCCGAGCAGCAUCCGAAGCAGUGGAGGAUUGACGGCUGGAAGACCGUGUCAUCACCAGCAUGGUCUGAUGUCAGUUCACUCUCAGACUCAGUCAGAGAAAGGCUCUCAAGUGUGUCUGAUUACUCCUCUGGAGACUCUAGUGUGGAGUCUGUCAAACAGGUGAAAAAGAAAGCCCCGGACAGUAAAAAGAAAAAUAAUGCCAGUUCGGUAGACAAGAAGAGCUCAGACUUUUACAAGACCUCCACGACAGAUGGAGCAGUCUCAAAAACAGACAAAGAUGGGAAAGUAUUAAAGAAGCAUAAAGUUAAACACAAACAUAAAAACAAGGAGAAGGAGAAAGCUCCCAGUCUUGUCUUAAAUCAAGACAUGAACGAAAAGUUUGUCAAGAGUUUUUCUUUUGACUUUGAUGAUUCUUCUCGGCAAAAAUCACUCAUUGUUGAGUCAGAGCCUGCGUCUGAAAACAAGGUUAAGCUUUCAAAACAUGACAAAGACCAUUUUAAGAAAGAGGAUCGGUUGUCCAAGGGUAAAUCUGAGGACAAGGAGUGGGCAGGCAAAGAGGUACAGAGGGUCAAUAAAGAAGAGAAAUCUAAGAAGACUAAGGAGUCGACCAAGGAGAAGGCUGGCAAAGAGGAACGGGAGAAGGUGGUCAAAUCAGAAAAGGACAGGGGAAUCAAGGAGAAAGAAAAGCCCAAGGAAGACAAACAGAAAGCUCACAAAGAUGAGAAAAAGAAAAAAUCCAAGGAUAAGUCCUCCAAACCUGACAAGAAAAUUGAACUGAAAGAAGAGAAACAUUUUAAACCUGAGAAGGAAAAAAUCUCCAAGGAUGAGAAAGAGAAAGCAAAGAAAGACAAGGUGGUGAAGGAGGAGCCAGACUAUGAUGAGUAUGAUAUCAAAAAUCAUUUUUUAGAGGACUCCAAGCUCAGCCCUUCAGACGAUCCCCACGAUCGGUGGCAGUCAGACCUUUCCUGCGAUUCACUUUAUGCAGAUGGGGAUGACAGCUGGGACACUCCAGUCAAGGAAAGCAAGGAGUAUAAGGCAAACAGUGCUGUCAAACUAACUGUGGAAACAGUAAAAGAGGAAAGCAGAGAUCGCAAGAAGGAGAACAAGGUUAAGGACAAGAAGUCAGAUCACGGGGACAAACGUGUAGAGAAAGAACCCACAACCAAGAAGAAAGAGAAAGAGGCUGUUGAAAAAGUCAGUGAAAAGAAAAAGGACUGGGCUGAUAAACAGAAACUGAACUCCAGCUACUCUGAAAAAGAAAAGAAGCGAAAGGAGUCCACAGAAGCUGUCAAAGAAAGAAAAGAAAAGGAUUCUGUCGACACCAAUAGAGACAGAAAAGACCUUUAUGAAUUCUCAAAGGAGAGGAAAGACUCCAAAGUUAAAGUGGAAUCUAUGAGAGAUGAGUAUGGAGGAGAAACAUUUUUCAAAGACAAAUCUGAGAGUGAAACCACUGGCAAAUCCGAACUCAGGGAGAGAAACCACUCUGGGAAGGAGAAGAAAGGUGACGGUGCUGAGAAGAAGGAAAAAUCAAAAGCAGAUAAACAUAAGGACAAGCCAAAAGAAAGGAGCCAAGACCAGGAAAAAGAGAAGGCUGAUAGAAGUUCUACAGAAAAGAUCCUUAAGGACAAGGACACUGACAGAAGCUCCAAGGAAAAGAAGGAGGGUGUUAAAGACAAACACAAAGACUCCCAUAAUAAAGAAAAAGAACGCAAAGUGCCAUCAGAUCAGAGCAAAGACAAAAAAGACAAGGCAGUGCAGGAAAAACAUACUGACCGCGACAAGGAGUUUCUAGAGCUGAAAAAGGAGGAGAGGAAACCUGAGAAGAAAGAGAAAACGUGGUUUAAAAUUGAGGACAUCUUUACGGAUGAAAGUGAAGACGAUGAUGAUAACUACAACGGAGGAGUGGCAAAACUCAGUGACUCCCUUGGCCUGUCAGACUCCCACCGAAAAGACUCAACACCUGACUUGGAUGAGUUAGACCAUUUCCAGUCAGAAAAGCUUAGGAAAUACUCUGCAGAGCUGAAGCAGCACUCCAUAGAUAAACAGAAAGACAAGGAGCAUAAAGAAAAGAAGAAGGACAAGGCCUCAUUUGAUGCUGGGAAAGAAAGAAAGGGGUCUUUGGAAAAACACAAUAAAGACAAGAAGGACAAGGAACCAACAGACACAAAACAUAAAGAUCGCAAGGACAGAAUAUCAGUAGACUCAAAUCAGGACAAGAAAAACAAGCAAAAACUUGCAGACAAAAGAGAAGUGAGUGAGGAGAAGAGCAAAAAUAAAUACAAAGACAAGCAAGACCACCUGAAAGACCGCAAACCGUCCAAAGGGAGUGGGGAGAAUGAGAAAUCCUUAUUGGAGAAGCUUGAGGAGGAGGCCAUGAAUGAUUACAAAGAUGACUCCAAUGACAAAAACAGCGAGAUUUCAUCUGACAGCUUCACAGACAGAGGCCACGAGCCAGUAGCCAGCAGUUUGUAUGACUCAUCCACCAUCAGCUCUCUUGACAUCACAGAGGAAAGGAGAGACUCCCUGUCCAUUACCAACCCUCAGGACAAAUUCAGAGAAAAAGAAAGGCACCGACACUCCUCCUCCUCUUCUUCGAAAAAGAGUCAUGAAAAAGAGAAAGACAAAAUCAAGAAAGAAAGGACAGAAAAGAGAGACAAACCUGAGGAAAUCAGAGAAAGCUAUGGCCGCAGAGAAAGCUUACCUUAUGAGAAAGAGCCAAUGCCACUGGAAGCAGAUCCUUACACCUUCCCAUUUGGCCCUAAGGCAGACGGAGAAGACGAAUUUGACAAAACCUUGGAGUUUGAAAAGGAGAUGUCGAAAAAGGCUGAUAAAGACAAGGCAAGCAGCAUAAUCACCAGUGACAAAGGCAAAGACAAAAAGAAAAAGGAGAAGCAUAAGGAGAAAGUGAAGGAGGAAAAACACAAAUGGGCUGAUACAUUUGGGUCAUUCAGACACUCCAAGGAAGAUUUAAAAUCUGCAGUUAAGGAGAGCCCUCAGGUGACGAGUGUGAAGGAGAAGACUAAAGAGGAUAGUCCUAAAUAUGACCCCAAAAGCAAAGAACGACACAGGGACAUCUUGGAUAAAGACAACAGAGUUGACUAUAGCAAGACAAAGGUCAAAGAGGAGAAUGACAAACUCACUCCUGUGUCCAAAGAUGCUGGUCGAAAAGACACUCGUCCUCGUGAGAAAUUACUGGUUGAUGGAGAUCUCAGGAUGACAAGCUUUGGAAAAAUGCUCAGCUUAAAAGAUCAAGAAGUGGAAGAGCGUCAUAAGAAACACAAAGAGAAGAUGAAACAAAUGGAUAAACUCAGACAUAAAUCAGGUGAUUUCAAGUUCAAGGAGAAAAGCAAAACGAGUGAAGAAGUGAAGAAAAAUCGCAGUGACCUGUCCUCUAAAAAGUCAAGCUCUCUAGAAUCUACAUUGAAAGAGAAAAAGAAGGAUGUUGGUCUUCCGACUCAAAUGAUGUCACCUGAUAGAAAGUCGCAACCGUUGGAUUGUCAAAACUCCAAGGACUGGCUUGCUGGCCAUCAGAUGAGCGAAAAUCUUCCCGCCUCUCCACGGCCUGACCAGAACAGGCCAACUGGAGUCCCCACACCCACAUCAGUGAUCUCUUGCCCCAGUUAUGAGGAGGUCAUGCAGACUCCACGCACUCCGUCUUGCAGUACUGAGGAUUAUCCUGAGAUUGUCUUUGAAGACCCCUCUAUGAAUGCCUGCUCACCAUCAUUCUUUGACAGAUAUUCAAAUCCCUCUCACAACUACCAAGAAACCACGUGCAUCACGCCAGCUAAAAACCUUCAGCUUCCGCUGGUUAGCCGGCCUGCAUCUGGUGAGGUUAGGAGACCUUUGGAAGAGGAGUUUAAGGCAGAGGCAGACAAAUUCCCCAGGUCGCAUUGUGUCUCUGCACCUUCAGAAUACGAAUCUGCGUCAUAUCCAUCUGAAGACAAGCUUGACAAACUCUGUUCUUCUCCUCCUUAUUUCUCUUCUCCCAUUGAAAUGCUCUCUCCACGCCCUGACCCCUCCCAGCACCUGCCGGACAGAUCCACAUCAAAUGCUUGUGCUGAUGAAGAGCACCCUACAGACAACAUAUACAGUAACUUCCUUCCAAAGCCCUCGACGCCAGUCCACAGGCCGGAACCUCAAGAACCGUGCCUAGACAUCGCUGCCCCACCAACGCCUGCUCCUGCAGCUCUGCCCUCAAUGGACAUCGAUGACCUCUCAGAGCCUCCUCAGGUCGAGCCCCGGCUAGUGCCCUCAGACCCAGUCAGCGUGAGCGAUUUCCUGCCCCCGGUGGUAGAGGAUCCGGAGGUGGAGGAUGAGGAUGAAGACGAUGAGGAAGACAAUGAGGAGGAAGAGGAGGAGGAGGAGGAUGACGUAGAGGACGACCCAGAAGAUGUUGCAGAUGGCGAGCAGCAGGCUGCGGAAAAGACCAUUCAACCCAGAGAUGAUCCGAGGCCAUUUUCUCCCGAAAUUGCUGAUACUCUGAAAAAGAGCUGGCCUGAAUCGCCAGACAGGAAAGAUGUGGAGAUGAUUCCAAUAACUCCUCCACACCAACCCAUAGGCAUUACAGAGAACCCCUGUGAUGAAACAUUAAGCUGGAACUCAGUGGUUGGAUUGAAAUCUCCUCAUCCAUCCUAUGCUGAAGUCGAAGCAGCCGUGUCAAAGAUCAGCAGUCCAUUCCACCACUCAGACUCUGAGCUCCCGCAUAUUCCUGUCCAUUCAUCUGUGGCAUCACCAUUUUCACCUGCAUUCUCUGGAGGCUACUGCUCACCGCGUGAUGCUGAGCCUGAGUAUGAACCUCCAAAGGUGGAGGAAGAGGAGGAGGAGGCGGCGGAGGAGGAAGAGGAAGAAGAACAACAACAACAAGAAGAAGAAGAAGAGGAGGAGGAGGAGGAGGAAGAGGAGGAGCAGCAGCAGCUCCCAGACCUCCCAUCGCCCAAAAGAUCGGUGCCAGAGUCCGUGGAGCCUGAAACAAAUUAUAUGGCAUCGUCCUCCACACCACACAACGAGCCCUUCUUUCCUGAAUGCAAACCCAGGAUGGAGGAAGAGCAGCAUCCAGCAGAGCCACCACCUCAGUGUGUGGUGCAUGAAAACAGACAGGAGGCUCUUGGCUACCCUGCUGAGGAGGAGAACCUGACACCCGCUGUCAGUCAUGAGCCUGUGGUGCCCUGGGCAGAUCCAUUCUCCUCUGCGGAGGACAUAGAUGACCUGUUCUCUCUCCCAGAACUUCCAUUCCAAGACAAGGGAAUGGUGGAACCUCCGAUGCCCGAGCGUGUGCCGACGCCAGCAGAACAUCCCCAUCCAGUAAAUGCACUGAAGCCAGACAGAGCUAUGGAGACCAGAGAGGAGGAGCCUGAGCUGAUGGAAGUGGACUUGCCGGUACUGGCCAAGCCACCAUGCUCGCCAUUUAUAGCUCCACCCGAGACUCCUCAGGAGCCCGUGUUCACUCAACGUCAGUCCGAAUACCCCUCUGCAAUGGAUCUGGAGCCUGAGCACUUGCAGGAAGACGACAUGAAAGAGGUACCCAAUGAACAAUCUGUCCCUUUCACUGAGCGGCCGGUCUGCGAUGCUGCUGUGCUGUUUCCCCCUCAAGUUCAGGAAAAUGAGCAGAAUUAUGGACAGAAAGAAGCGUCCCCUGAGAUAUCCCUCUCUCCUACUGUAUCUAGUUUAGAGCUCCAACCUGAACAGAGAAGUGUCACGCCUACUUUGAUCAUGAAUGCAUCUAGUAGUUCUCCCCACUCUACCUUGGUCACUGCAGCAGUGACUACCUCUUGUACAGUACAGGUGACAGAGAUCGCAGACACUUCCUCCAAACUGACUUUAUCUGUGAUGGCAACAUCUGAGGUUUCCACCAAGAAGGUGGAGGAGAUUGCACCAAGAAUGACUCGCACCCAAGCCCGUGCCCAGUUGCUCGCCAGCCAGAACAAGCAGCACAGCACGACGACUCCCAGCCCUGUAACCGUGGCGUCAACAUCCACUGCUGCCACCUCCAUCACUACAGUGGGUGUCCUCACCACCACUCAGACCACGUUGGCCUCCCCCUUGCCUGCAGAGAAAGAGAAAGAGACAGUGGUUAGUGUCCCGCAACCAACACCACCUCCACCGCCACCACCACAGAUCGUCGCUCCUGCCCCUCCUCCUCCUGUUGUCAUUAACAAAACCAAGGGACGUCCCACAGAAGACGAGGAGUCCCAGGUCACGCACCCACGGAGAAAGAAGUUCCCCAAGUCGGGCCAGCAGCCCGUGCAGGUGCAGCUGGUGAACACGGCCAUGCAGCAGACGCGCGAGAUGAUCCAGCAGACGCUGGCGGUCAUCGUGAACGCCAUCAAGCUGGACGACAUCGAGCCAUACCACAGCGAUCGCUCCAACCCCUACUUUGAUUACCUUCAAAUCCGCAAGAAGAUCGAGGAGAAGCGGAAGAUCCUCUGCUACAUCACACCUCAGGCCCCGCAAUGCUACGCCGAGUAUGUCACCUACACCGGCUCCUACCUGCUGGAUGGAAAGCCCCUGAGCAAGCUUCACAUCCCUGUGAUUGCUCCGCCCCCAUCUCUGACUGAGCCCCUGAAGGAGCUCUUCAGACAGCAGGAGGCUGUGAGAGGGAAGCUGAGACUGCAGCACAGUAUAGAGCGGGAGAAGCUGAUAGUGUCCUGUGAACAGGAGGUGUUGAGAGUCCAUUGCAGAGCAGCCAGAACAAUAGCCAAUCAAGCAGUCCCAUUCAGUGCUUGUACCAUGCUGCUGGACUCUGAGGUGUACAACAUGCCAUCUGAAAGCCAGGGGGAUGAAAACAAGUCGGUGAGAGAUCGGUUCAAUGCUCGUCAGUUUAUAUCCUGGAUUCAAGAUGUAGAUGACAAAUAUGAACGCAUGAAGACGUGUUUGCUGAUGCGACAGCAGCACGAGGCCGCCGCGCUCAACGCCGUGCAGAGGAUGGAGUGGCAGCUCAAGGUGCAGGAGCUGGACCCUGCCGGACACAAGUCCCUGUGCGUCAACGAGGUCCCCUCCUUCUACGUGCCAAUGGUGGACGUCAACGACGACUUUGUGCUGCUGCCGGCGUGACAGGAGAAGCAAAUCCGCCCCGCAGUGUGCGUGCUGCGGCCUCUUUCAAUCUUUCACCCUUUCAUAGAAAUACCAGACAGAACAUAUGGUAAGGGCUAGCUGGUUUGAAGUGGAGAAUACUUUUCUUUGAAGAAAAAAAAGCAAAACCUAUAUAUUAUAUAGUUAAAGAUGAAAAAAGAACUUCCUAUCGUUUUUUUUUCUUUACCACUGUUAAAGUGGGAAACAUCUUUUUAACCGGGGGAAAAAAACACACAACUUGCACUUUCAUCCUUCAAGUUUUUAUGCUUUUUUGUUUGGGAUGUAAGAAAGCAACGUGGCUUUGCUUUGAAGCGUACCCACCUCAGCCCCCCUCAGACCCGAGGAGCAAAAUAAAGGGGAGUGGAGACAGAGGGACAGACAAAGUAUUUUUCUUCAAUUUUAUUUUUUAAAUACUUCAGAACUAUUUGAUGAGAAGGAAAAAAAAUGAUUGCAAGAGAGAUGCCCUCCCCUCGCCCACCCAGUUGGCACAGUGGUGGACAAGGAACUUCAGGGCUAGCCAAGAAAAGGCUUAAAGGGGAGCAAAAAAAAACGGACAAGUCGGAGGUGCGGUGAGCAGUUUCUGUCAAGCUAUCGAGAAUAUAACAAGACACAGACUCAAGAGGGCGCAUUGGAGGCACCUUCAAGCUCUCCUUGCCCCCUUUUCUCUUCCUGGAGAGGACGAGCCUGUCCGGUGGACAUGUAUGCCCACCUGACGUGGCAGCACUCCAGGCUGUCCCAGAUCCAGCCAGGGCUGCCUCGGAAUACGCGCAGAGCCCAGCCCCCGGGGGCCUGCGUCUGCGCCUGGGCUGGGGACCGAGAGUCGAACACGACAGCAUGCGCUGUGGAGGGGGGUGAGGGCCUUGCAACAGAGGCUUCAGUGUGGGCAGGAGGGGGCCAUGGACGAAAGACUGGCUAUAGCACGAAGGUAUAGCCACCCAGCAUGAGACCCAAAGAGCCCCCUGCAGCCCCCAUCUACCCACCCACCAACACUCCCCUCCCACCCAACAGGAGAGGGCCGCCAUCCGGGCCCUGCAUGUGGGGGCAGCCCUCGGCCCCCAGGGGAGUCAACGUGAGCCCCAGCCCCUGUAAUGCCUGCGCAUAACCUGCAAACUGACUGCUUCAGGAGAAAAACGUCAACAAAUGAGAAAAAAAAACAUGACGAGGACAACACGUUAUACAAAAAGAAUGUUUUAAAAAUCAAGAGGCAAAGACUUCUAAAAGAAUGGUGUUUUAGUGGAGAUUUUUUUUGUCUAUUUCUUUACUUGGGCAUUUCAUUGUUUCUCUUUCUGAGGACGUGACUUGAAACACUACAGAGCCAACAUUAGUUUAAUGGAAAAAAAUGAGAAAAAAAAAAAAAAAAUUGUAUUCCGUAAAUGAUGUACAGUUUUUAUAUUCGUUAACCAAUGUAUUCUCGCUGCCUUCUAGAUAAUUUAUUUUGCCACACAUUACUGCACAGUUGUAAAUAAAUAUUGUACUGUAACAUCACUCAGUUAAGUGUAAAAAAAAUAAAUGAAUAAAAAUUA